AUGGGAGACUGGAGUUUCCUGGGUAACAUCCUUGAGGAGGUGAACGAGCACUCGACAGUGAUCGGCCGGGUGUGGCUGACCGUUCUCUUCAUCUUCCGCAUCCUGAUACUGGGCACGGCGGCCGAGUUUGUGUGGGGCGACGAGCAGUCUGACUACGUGUGCAACACACAGCAGCCGGGCUGCGAAAACGUUUGCUACGACGAGGCCUUCCCCGUCUCGCACAUCCGCCUGUGGGUGCUGCAGAUCAUCUUUGUGUCCACGCCCUCGCUGGUGUACGUCGGCCACGCCGUCCACCACGCGCACAUGGAGGAGAAGCGGCGGGAGCGUGAGGAGGCCGAGCCGAGCCCGCCGCAGGAGGCCGGUGGGGAGCCGCUGCCCGACCGGCGUGCCAGCAAGGAGACCGGCCCCAAAGGCGGCAAGAAGUUCCGGCUGGAGGGCACGCUGCUCCGGACCUACAUCUGCCACAUUGUCUUCAAGACGCUCUUCGAGGUGGGCUUCGUGGUGGGCCAGUUCUUCCUGUACGGCUUCCGCAUCCUGCCUCUGUACCGGUGCAGUCGAUGGCCCUGCCCCAACACGGUGGACUGCUUCGUCUCCCGGCCCACCGAGAAGACCGUCUUCGUCGUCUUCAUGCUGGCCGUGGCCUGCGUCUCGCUCUUCCUCAACUUCGUGGAGAUUGGCCACCUGGGCCUGAAGAAGUUCCCCUUCGUCUUCCGCAAGCCGAACCGGACGCGGGCGGAGGGGCCCGGGGCGGCCGCGGCGUCCAUCCAGAAGCCCAAGGGCUACAAGCCGCUAGAGGAAAACAAGACCAGCUCACACUUCUUCCCCCUGACCGAGGUGGUCGGCGCAGCGGCGCGGAGGCAGGACGCGACGAAGGUGUAUGACGAGACCUUGCCCUCCUAUGUCCAGACGACCAUGGUGGGGCAGAGCGCAGUUGCCGGCGCUGUGAGGGUCCACGAGGACGAGGUGCACACAGGAGCGGAUGCCGAGGCCCCCGACACAAUAGAAGACUCGAGGCUCCUCAGCAGCCUAAGCAGACCAAGCAGUCGAGCGAGGUCAGAUGACUUGACGGUAUAA